AUGAACACCCGUAUUGUCGGUGGUGAAGAAGCGCAAAUUGGUACAUGGGGUUGGGCAGCUUCUCUUCAGAUUCGAUAUGAUGGAUUACACUUUUGUGGAGGUACAGUCAUCGAUGAGCGACAUAUUAUAACAGCAGCGCACUGUUUUCCUUGGAUACAUAAACAGGGGUUUGAUCCAGUUGACGUUGUUCGGGUUCUUAUCGGGGCUCAUGAUAAGUCGUCUCCGGAGCCAGAUAACGCUCAGUUCUUUGAUCUUCUCAGUGUAAGAAGUCAUCCUCAGUAUGACAAAGAUGAUCAACAAAGUAAAUUUGAUAUUGCAAUACUCACUCUGCGGCAAACUAUUGACUUUCAAGGAAGUCCAUUCAUUUCAAGAGUUUGUCUACCAUCAUUUAAUUCAACUCCGGUAGAUCUUUCAAAUCCAGAAUAUCCAGCUGUUGGAACAAAUCUCGUUGCAAUUGGAUGGGGUGACCAACGAUCAGGCAGUGGACAGGGUUCACGUACAUUGAGACAAGUGACUAUACAAGCAAUUGAUAAAGAUGAUAUAACUUGUCAGCGGUGGUUGGAAAAGGAUUCAAUGACACAGUUGUGCGCUGCUGCUUUAGAAAAAGAUACCUGCCAAGGUGAUUCUGGUGGUCCUCUCAUGCAAUGGCGACAAGACAAAAAAGUAUGGGAACUGAUUGGUAUUACAAGUUACGGACUUGGUUGUGCAAAUAUCUUACGUGCUGGUAUCUAUACUCGUGUUGCAGCUUAUCUUGAUUGGAUUCGACUGAAUACACCGACGGCAGCACCGACUCUUCCUACUCGUUCAACAGUAAGGACAACGAAAGCAACAACAGAGACAAGAACAACAGUUCUUACCGGAGGUCAAACACAAAAUCCAGAUAACAGUGGAACAAAGGCUAGUCGCUGUGGUAUAAUGUUGGCAAUCAAUAGUGUUUUCGCGAUGUUUUUUUAUCUAAAGUUUUGAAGUGAUUCUUUAUAGAUUUUUCUCGUGUGUGAUUCUAAUUAGGGGAUGAGGUGCUUUACUUUUACUUUAGUGGUAAAUAUAUAAAUAAAAUAGGCGUGUGGGUGGCGACAUUCUCUAACGAAAAUUCACACUCACAAUCCACAGCCCACUCUCUUUUUUUUCUAUUUCAUAUACCAAUAUAAUUGCGUAUGCUUUGUAAAAAAGCUUGUUAGCGCAGCUCCUUUGGGGCUGAAAUGUGGAACUCACAUAUGUUCUUCAGCUUCGUUAUAUUAAUAAGAAAUACAGAAGGUGCAAAAUAAAGAAUUUGUUAUUUUUCGUUUUCUGACGGGCGCCCAAUUUUUAUUUUCAUUGUUACUACUCGCUCAUUAUUUUUUUUUUCUAAUUCGGUUUUCUUAAUUUAUCAUUCUUAUUAUUAUAAUCAUUGAACUGAUUGAUAAAUAAGUGUGUUUUACAUAUCUAUGACAUAUACAGCAGAUCUUACACACUAUGAUAUACAUUAAUCAAGUCACAAAUAAUGACAUUUAUUAUUUUUCAAAAUAAUAACUUGAUCAAUUUUCCAAAAAAAAACUAGAAAAUCUAACAUCUUUUAUAUUGAUUGCUAAGGUCUGUAAUGGGGGGGGGGGGUCUGUAAUGGGGAGUUCCGUUGCUUUGCUCUGUAAUGGAGACCUGUCUGUAAGGGGGAGGGGGGAGCAGCAAAAACUCGAACUUAAAACUAAUACUCAGUAUUUUCUUCGAAAAUAAAUAUGAGUUCCACAAAAUGAGUUAAAAAAAUCAUUGUGCAAAACAGAUCCUUUGUCCUGUUAGGACCAACUUUUUUAUGCUGUCAUACAGUCUUCAAAACAAGAUCGCUGUAUGAAAGUAUCAUGGAGAAUGCAGAGAAGAACAAAAAAAAUCGUCUUUUGUGUAAACAUAACAACGAGAAUAUUCGUUGUUAGAUUAAAAAAAGCUUGUUAGUGCAGCCCCUUUGGGGCUGAAAUGUGGAACUCACAUAUGCUCUCUUGCCUCAUUCGACUGAUACAAAAUGCGUAAACUAAAAAAUCUCUCUUAGACUAUAAGUGUUUUGCAGGAAAAUCAAUCGCAAGAGUAAGAAUCUCUCUAAUUUCGAACAGAAUGUUUUUUAAACUUUUUUCUAUGGGCGCUAUUUUUUAUUUGCAUUGUUGCUAUUCGCUCAUUAUUUUUUUAUUUUUUUUAAUUCGUUUUUCUUAAUUUAUCAUUCUUAUUAUUAUAAUCAUUGAAUUGAUUGAUAAAUAAGUGUGUUUUACAUACCUAUGAUAUCUACAGCAGACCUUACACACUAUCAUAUAUAUUAAUCAAGUCACAAAUAAUGAUAUUCAUUAUUUUUCAAAAUUAUAACUGAAUCGAUUUUUCAAAAAAAAACUCGAAAAAAUUUAACAUCUUUUAUUAUUGAUUGUGAAGGUCUGUAAUGGGGGCCUACGUUGCUAGGUGUCUGUAGGGGGGGGGGGGGGGCGCCCAACCUUGAACU